GGCCGCGCCGGGGCGCCCGGCAGCCCGCGGGGCGGCCCCACUUCUCCACAGGCUGAGGGCGAGCGAGGUCGCGCCGUGCCGGGGCAGAGCCGCCUCGCCGUCCCGCGCUUCCUGUUCGCAGAGCCUCCGAGAGACGGCGGCCCCCUCCCCAGCCCGCCAAGAUGGAGCAAACAUGUGAGGAUAUAGAUGAAAUGUUCAGCAAUUUACUUGGGGAGAUGGACAUGCUGACCCAGAGUUUAGGAGUGGAGACUGUACAACCUCCAUCCCCCAAAGUGUCCAACAAUGAAUUUAGCUUUACAGUUGGUUUUAAAGAUUUAAAUGAAUCCCUAAGUACCCUAGAGGACAAAGACCUGGAUGCUUUAAUGGCUGAUCUUGUAGCAGACAUAAAUGAUGUUGAACAGAGAACUUUACAAGCCCAGAAAACUUCUUCUGGCAACCAGCAAAUUGUGGUCACGCAGCCUUCAACAGGUUUGGAUAGUGACGUUUAUUCUAAAUCGAGUCCCUAUGUUACCAUUACUGGACAAUUUGGAGAUGAUUUGCCCCCUCCACCUCCAGAACCUGAUUUAGACCUUCCUCCGCCACCACCACCGCCUCCUCCUGAGCCCCUCACCCAGGAAGAACGAGAGGCACAGGCUAAAGCUGAGAAGAUUAAACUUGCCUUGGAGAAACUGAAGGAAGCCAAAGUUAAAAAGCUUGUUGUCAAGGUGCACAUGUAUGAUAACAGCACGAAGUCACUGAUGGUGGAUGAGCGUCAGGUAACACGGGAUGUUUUAGACAAUCUCUUUGAGAAAACCCAUUGCGACUGCAACGUGAACUGGUGUCUGUAUGAAAUGUACCCAGAGCUGCAAAUUGAAAGGUUUUUUGAAGACCAUGAAAAUGUUGUUGAAGUGUUAUCAGGCUGGACGCGUGACACUGAGAAUAAGAUACUGUUUUUGGAAAAAAGUGAAAAAUAUGCUUUAUUUAAAAAUCCCCAGAAUUUCUACCUGGCAAACAAAGGGAAGAAUGACAGCAAAGAAAUGAAUGAUAAAAUCAAAGAGGCUUUACUGGAGGAAAGCUUCUGUGGGGCAUCUGUCAUUGUGCCAGAGCUUGAAGGGGCCCUUUAUUUAAAAGAAGAUGGAAAAAAGUCCUGGAAGAGACGUUAUUUCCUUCUACGAGCUUCUGGAAUUUAUUAUGUACCCAAAGGAAAAACCAAGACAUCCCAGGAUCUGGCAUGCUUCAUUCAGUUUGAGAAUGUGAAUGUUUAUUACGGUUCUCAACACAAAGCGAAGUAUAAAGCACCUACAGAUCAUUGCUUUGUCUUAAAGCACCCCCAGAUUCAAAAAGAGUCACAAUAUAUCAAGUACUUAUGCUGCGAUGAUCAAGCAACCCUGCAUCGAUGGGUAACAGGAAUAAGAAUUGCCAAGUAUGGCAAGACACUAUAUGAUAAUUACAAAUGUGCCGUGAAGAAAGCUGGCUUGUCCUCUCGGUGGGCAAAUCAAGGGAUGGUGGAACCAGCUGCCCCUGCAGAAUCCCAAUCAGCAGGUGCUGUUCAGGCAAAUGGACAGAUUCCCCAAAUUGUUCGUCGUUCCAGUACAGAAUUUCCAGAGACUCAGAAGAAAAUGGAUGCAUCGGAGGCACAGGCUAAGCCAAAUAACGUCAGCGCGCCUGCCCUGACACAGCCAGCGAUGAGGCCACAGAAGUACCAGAGUAAGAGGACCUCACUGCUGCCUCCUCCUCCACCGGAAAGGCGGUCAUCUGCGAUUUCUGUUUCACCCAUCCUACCCUCCAAAGUCAAACGAGACAGCGGAGAUUUCCUAACAGACCCAGACAGCUUUCCAGCACCACCACCUACGCUGAUGAUCGAUUUACCACCACCACCAUCUGAUUUCUCUGAACCUCCUCCUGAUUUUGUGCCUCCACCGCCGCCAGCCUCCAGCAGCGCUAACGGAGACCUGCCAUUGCCCCCUCCACCUCCACCUGUCGCCAUUAAGCCACCACCUCUGACAAAGAAACCUGUGCCACUUCCUUCAAAAAGGCCAGAAAACACAGGACAAGCUGGAGAGCCACGGUCAGCUGGGCCACCCCCACCUGGGGGUGGAGGCAGGCAAGCAGAUUUCCUGUCUGACCUGAUGAAAGCUCUUGAGAAGAAAAGGGGCAGCACCUCCUGAACUCUGGGAGCAGGUGGACUUCAAGCCAUAGCUGUUUUUGUGAGGCAUCAUGGAAGGUCGUGCUGGAUCAGGCUCUCCAGGAGGAAUUCUCCUUCAGAGUUCCUCCUGGGGGUCUCAACAAGUAAGGUGGGGUGCCCUCUGUCCCCCACUUUGUUCCUAUAACCUGCUGCUUUCCCGCCCCCCCCCAUUAACAACCAUCCCAACAUCAGCCCAAGGUAAGAACUGGCUGCAGGGUCUUGUUUCACUGCAUCAGGCCAGCAGAGGUGGUGGAGAAGUGCAUCUGCUGUGCUGCCCCUCUGGUACAACUGGAGCUGAAGGAAAAAAUACAACACUGUCCUCAUGCAAAUUUUGAGAAGUGGGAAGAUCCCUUUUCACAGAAUUCCUCUUACAGGUUCUUUAUCAGAAAUCCCCCAGCCGGUGUGUGUGAGGGGGUGUUUCAAUAAAACGACCCCAUUUCUUUUUCAAAAAUAGUCUGUCUUAACAAGUAAAACCUCACCUAGAUUAUUCCGAGAUACAAAGCAGGACUGUGGCCCUUUCCAGACAGUGUCACUAAAUGUUACACACUCCUGCUUCCGUCUGCAGCUCCAGUCAUACCUGUCAGCACUCACCGUUGCUGGCUUUUCAUCUUGUUUAUUUAGUUAAUCUUAGACAAAGAAAAAUUUUUAUUCCAAAAUCUUCUAAGCUUCCCUUGGUAAGCAGGAAUUUUUUUUCCUGCUGGUUAACAUUUGUCUUCAAAGUAUACCUAGAAAUAGCCUGUCUCCUGAAAGACUCUGUAAUUAUCUUGUACCUGAUAUGUCUCCUCUUACAUUUUUUUUCAUUUGUUCUCCCAUUUUAAUUCUCCGUUGUUCAUUUAGGCAACAUUCAGUAUGAGUUCUCAAAUAAAAAUAGCUUCUAUUCUA